GCAUCUCAGUCCGGAUAGGAGGGGUAAAUCACAGUUACUGUACCAAUCCAAAAUAUUUGGUCAAAUUUUACGGUUGCGGAUUCGCGACUUCACGUUUCCCCUUUCCCUAUCGGCGGCGUCCCAAAUAGCGAAUCGGUUCGUGUAAAAAAAAAAGUGAGCCGCUUAGCCUCGCCGGCGCCGCCUCUCUCCGGGAAGCGGCGGCGAGAACGCGGAGGAGAGAGAGAGUUCGGGGUUGGCCCGUCGCGUCGCCGGAGCGAUGGAUCUUCUGAAGAGGGAGCUGGAGAAGAAGCGGAAGGCGGCGACGGCCGACUUCGGCGGGAAGAGCUUCGUGCGGCGGUCGGAGCUGGAGCAGAAGCAGCUCCAGAAGCGGCGCCACGAGGAGCACCGCCAGCUCCUCUCCAAGGCCCCGCCGGCGACCUCCUCCGCCUCCGCCGCGGGCUCCGACCCCAGCAACCCCAACGCCGACCCGGCCCAGUCCUCCGCCGCAAACCCUAACCCUAACUCCUCCUCGUCCGCCGCCGCCGCGUCCGUCCCGCCGGGCCUCGCGGGGAAGAAGACCGCGCAGGAUGAGGCGCUCCUCUCCGAGGAGCGCCGGAUCGACGAGCUCGACCUCCCGCGGCAUGAGGUGGUGCGGCGCCUCCGCAUCCUGCGCGAGCCCGUCACGCUGUUCGGGGAGGACGACGCCGACCGGCUCGCCCGCCUCAAGUUCGUGCUCAAGUCCGGCGUGAUUGACGACAUCGACGACCUUGACAUGACAGAGGGGCAGACGAACGACUUCCUCCGUGACAUGGUCGAGCUCCGCAAGCGGCAGAGGGCUGGCCGGGACACCUAUGUCAAGGGCAAGGGCAAACGAGCGGGCGGCGGUGAUGGCGGCGAGGGUGGCGCUGGCGGGGAUAAUGCUGAUGAUGGGGAUGGGGACGGCCGGAGGAGUGGGGAUGAUGCUGAUGCGGACAAGGACUCGAAACGGAUGAAGACCAAGUUUGAGGAGCUGUGUGAUGAGGACAAGAUCUUGGUGUUCUUCAAGAAGCUACUCAUUGAGUGGAACCAGGAGCUUGAUGAGAUGCCGGAGCUGGAGAAGAGGACAGCAAAGGGCAAGUCGAUGGUCGCAACCUUCAAGCAAUGUGCGCGGUAUCUCAGCCCCCUGUUUGAGUUUUGCAGGAAGCAGGUUCUUCCUGAUGACAUCCGUCAAGCAUUGCUCGUUAUUGUUGAAUGCUGCAUGAAGCGUGAUUAUUUAGCAGCAAUGGACCAAUACAUCAAGCUGGCCAUUGGCAAUGCACCAUGGCCUAUUGGUGUCACUAUGGUUGGUAUCCACGAGCGUUCGGCCCGAGAAAAGAUCUACACAAACAGUGUGGCGCACAUUAUGAACGAUGAGACCACUCGCAAGUACCUUCAGUCAAUCAAGAGGCUUAUGACCCUUUGCCAGCGACGUUAUCCUGCUCUGCCCUCAAAAUCGGUGGAGUUCAACAGCCUGGCAAAUGGGAGUGACCUGCAGGCCCUUUUGUCAGAGGAGAAAGAUCCAGGAAACCCUCCUAGCGAGGAUAGGCUUCGACUCAUGCCAGCGUCAAAAGAGUGAUGCUUCAACGCACAAGCUUGGAUCACAAAUAGAAUAUUUGUAAUCUGUGUAAUGUGUAAACCAAAUUUUCCUGCUCUUAUUUUCAUUUUUGUACUCUUGCAAGAAUCUGAGAAUAUUGCCUGCUAAUCAAAUUACUGAAGAAAGCAAUAUACUGUCUGCUUCUCUCCUAGAAGAGUUCACUGGCUAAGGUUCCAUGUGUAAGUUUGGUUGAAUAAAACCAUUCUAAUGUCUUUGCUGUGCAA